AUGGCUACCAGCUCUAAUGAUGAUGGCUUUGAAAUCAUCGAUAGCCGUCAGAUUCCCCUCCGGCCUCAUAGUUCUGCUACGACGUUAGUAGAGGAUAACUUGACGUCAGAACCUACACUGAGUGUACAUGCGAUUCCCAAGAAGAAUUCUAUGAUCGUGUCGGUCCAGCCUCCAUUGAAACCAAAGGAUGACGUCCGCCAUGUUCCUUGUGACGUCGUGCUUGUAAUCGAUAUUUCUGCAAGUAUGAACUCGUCGGCUCCGAUACCAACUGGAGAGUCCGGCGGCGAAGAUACAGGAUUGAGCAUUCUGGAUUUGACGAAACAUGCGGCCAAGACAAUCAUCCAAACACUAAAUGAGAAUGAUAGGCUCGCCGUCGUUACGUUUUGUACCCAGGUCAAGGUGGAAUUUGAGCUAGCUUAUAUGAAUGAUGGUAAUAAGAAGAAAGUGUUGAGUGCCAUCGACGGCCUCCAUGGCAUAAGCUCUACAAACUUGUGGCAUGGAAUAAAAGAUGGUCUAAAAGUGCUGGCUAAGAGUUCCCCUGUUGGAAAUGUGCAAGCUCUGCUUGUAUUGACGGAUGGAGCUCCAAAUCAUAUGUGCCCUGCUCAGGGAUAUGUCCCCAAAUUGCGCCAAACUCUAUUGGAUCAUUACAACUCAACAGAAUGCUUGCCACUGAUCCAUACGUUUGGCUUCGGGUACUAUCUUCGCUCACCUCUUCUACAGUCGAUCGCGGAAAUUGGAGGUGGCACUUUUGCGUUCAUCCCAGACGCGGGCAUGAUUGGAACCGUAUUCGUUCAUGCUGUCGCGAACUUGUAUUCGACAUUCACUCCCCAGGCAAAUCUCAUUAUCCAAGGAGAUGGACCAGCUACUUUCAGCGUCGACUUGGGAAGCAAACCCGGACUGGAACUGAAUCGUCCCACUGGCAAUGGGGUAUCUCUAAGACUUGGAAGCCUGCAAUAUGGACAGUCGCGAGAUAUCAUCAUCCAUUACGACGAGGCAUUGAAGAAUAGUGCAGUUAAUAUUCAAGCCAAACUGGUCUAUAACGUUCGUGGAGUCACCAGGUCAGUUGAGGUACAUAAAUUGGUCCAUACCGACGAGGUAUCUUUGCCACAGACGGUAUACGACUACCACCUUGUGCGUUCCAUGAUUUGUACCUUCCUAAGGACUUUCCAUCCCCUCGAGGACACAGCGGAGAACUACCAAUUUCCUGGCAGGGAACUUCCGGAUAUACAGGCCAAAUUAGAAAGCCUAGCCGCUGAAAUUAAAGGUCUCGGCCACACGGAUGAAUAUAACCAAAGUCUUCUCAAGGAUAUUGCUGGUGAAUCCCCCCACGGCCAAAUCAGUCUUGCGGUGUCAUCGGACGAAUACUAUCAGCGUUGGGGACAACACUAUCUCCUCUCGAUCCUAAAUGCGCAUACCAAUCAGAUAUGCAACAGUUUCAAAGAUCCCGGUCCAUUGAUGUACGGCAAGAACUCUCCAUUAUUCUGCCGCUGUCGAACUGAGCUAGAUGGCGUAUUCGACAACCUGCCGCCACCUAAACCGUCGCGUGCACCCCGGCCAUCAGCAUCGGGAAAGCCUGCCCGGAACUGCCAGAUUCGAAUGGCGGAUACUGGCAACUGUGAUAUUAGUAACACUAAUAUUGCAAUCGAAGCACUUCGUCCUGGCAUGACCGUGUGGACUCCACAUGGGUCUCGGGAGGUUAAAGCCGUCCUACAGACAAGCGUGACCGAUAUUGAGAUCUGCAAAAUCGGGUCGCUUGAAAUUACACCAUGGCAUCCGAUGCAGUUCCAGGGAAGAUGGGAAUUCCCAUUCAACGCCUCUAGCGGAAAUGUUCAAGCGUUUUCCGGAAACAUUUACUCGGUUUUACUUGAACCUGAUUCCAACUCUGGUGCCCAUGCAAUCAUGGUAGAGAACAACAUCUGCGUCACAUUGGGGCACGGUAUUCUGGCAGGAGACGAUGUACGUGCUCACGAGCUAUUUGGUAACUACAAGCUCGUUUCAAAGAAGCUGGAAUCGCUACCAAGGCUUGCCAAUGGACUAUUGCACUGCAUGGGAAUAGAGCGUUCACCAGACUCAGGUCUUGCAUGCGGUUUUAUCGGAUAUGACGACGUUCUCGAGGCCGUUACUGUACCUAGCCAUGUUAACUCGGCUGAGAAGGAUUUAAAGCAUGGCGACAUGCAAAAUUUUAGAGCUAUAGCCGUGUGA